AUGUUAGAAAAAAUGAAGGUUUCAAAUAAUCAAAACCAAUCAAACUAUGUACCAAAGAUUUUCAAUGUUCAGCUUCACUUUAUUAAUUUUCUCACCUAUGUUCUAGUAUUGACCUUUGGUUUAACACUUGGGAUAAUUUUGAGUUUCUAUCUUAAAGAGUGUAGUUUUAGUUUACAAUUCACUCAGUUAUCGCUUUCUUCUAUACCGAAAACACCGUCGUUGCCACCGCCGAUUGCGGUGAAACAAGAACGUAUAGGAUUGAAGGAGUUUCUUAAGGUUCCUCCAGUUAUGCAUGAUAUGGAUGAGGAAGAAUUGUUAUGGAGAGGUUCUAUGACAUCGAAGAUAUCUGAAUAUCCUUUCGAUCGAGUUCCGAAAGUUGCUUUCAUGUUUUUGACAAGAGGUGCUGUGUUUUUAGCACCUUUGUGGGAACAGUUUUUCAAAGGGCAUGAAGGGUAUUACUCAAUUUAUGUUCAUUCUAAUCCUUCUUAUAAUGGAUCACACCCUGAGAGUCCUGUUUUUCAUGGUAGGAGAAUUCCGAGUAAGGAAGUUGAAUGGGGCGAUGUAAACAUGAUUGAAGCCGAGCGUCGCUUACUAUCGAACGCACUUCUGGAUAUCUCGAACCAACGAUUUGUUCUACUAUCAGAAUCCUGCAUACCGCUCUUCAACUUCACAACCAUCUACUCUUACUUAAUAAACUCUACAGAAAACUAUGUCAUGGCUUAUGACGAUCCUAGUCCGGUCGGUCGCGGCCGUUAUAGCAUCCAGAUGUUACCUGAGGUUUCCAUCAGGCAAUGGAGAAAAGGGUUUCAAUGGUUUGAAAUGGACAGAGAGCUUGCUCUAGGAGUUGUGUCUGACAGAAUAUACUUCCCUGUUUUUCAAGAGUAUUGCAAAGGUUCAUGUUAUGCAGAUGAACAUUACUUGCCAACUUUUGUGAGCAUUAAAUUUUGGGAAAGGAAUUCAAAUAGAAGUUUGACUUGGGUUGAUUGGUCAAGAGGGGGUCCACAUCCAGCUCAUUUUUUGAGAUCUGAUGUUAAUGUUAACUUUUUGGAGAGAUUGAGGAGCAAGAAAUGUAUGUAUAAUAAUGGAAAGAGCACCAAUGCUUGUUUUCUGUUUGCUAGGAAGUUCUUGCCUAGUACUUUGUCAAGGCUUUUGAAGAUUGCACCUGAGGUUAUGCAGUUUGAACACUAUGAUAAGCCCAAAAAACAUAAGCUAUCACUUGAACCAAUUAUUUGA